GCAGUUCCCCCAAUCCGCCCCAACCCUCUCGCAACGCCAGCGACCGGAAUUCUGCCGCACCAGCAGGAACUAAGUGAGAAGCUAGGAUGGACGUCGCCGGCGAGGCGAGGGUUACCAGCAGCAAGAAGUGGAGCGUCGUAUACCCUGUGUACAUCAACUCCAGGAAAUUAGGGCGCCGCGUCGCCGCCGACAAGGCCUGCCCCGACCCCACCUGCGGUGAGAUCGCCGAUUGCUGCUCGCACCUCAAGAUCCCUUGCCGGAUCGAGUCGGAUAAAUCGUACCCGAGGGAUUUCUUGCAAGUGGGGAGGGUGAGAGUGCAGCUCAAGAGGGAUGAUGGCUUCCCUGUCAACCCAGAGAUUGUUACAAGGAAAAACCUGUGGCUGACAACCGGCUUGCUCUACAAUCGGUUUUGCCUACCUUGCCAGCCAUGGGUCCCUAGUGCUAGACACUAAAUGCUGAUACCAGAU